AUGGCAGAUACUGAUCAGAUCCCUUCUCUAGCCAACGCGGCUGCGAACAUCCUGUGUUGGAAGACCCCCCGAAAAGCCGACCGCGAAAUCCGUCUCUUCACCUUCGAGCCGUCUUAUGGCGCCACGGACGUGAUCACAAUUCGCAUGGAGACCUUCCGCACGAACGAUCUCCCCGACUACUUUUGCCUCUCGUACACCUGGGGCGAUCCUGACAUCCGGAGUCCGAUAUACUGCGAUGGGCAGGAGAUCAGCGUGACCGCCAACCUAUGGAAUGCUCUCUUAUACAUUCGGGCGAAGUUUGAGACGCGGUGGACGUGCGGCAAGAGGAAGAUAUAUCUUUGGGCGGACCAGAUCACGAUUCACCAGGAUAAUCCGGAUGAAAAGAGGUCACAGAUGCGGCUGAUGUUCAAGCUGUAUUCGCAAGCAAAACGGGUGAUUUGUUGGCUUGGCGAGGCAGAUGAGUAUACUCAUCUGGCAUUUGCGGCGCUGAGGAAGUGGAAGAAGGCGGAAAAGGAUGAGGCGCUGAGAGAGCGGCUGAACAUCGCCUGGAGCGCCCCUGGGUUUUCAGGGAGCGGUGACACGGCGCUUCCCACUGCGAAGAAGGAGAACAGUGCGGAGGAGGAGUGGAUCGCGCGGGAGAAACGAUGGCGGAGAAGAGGCACACUGCGGAGAAGAAGGGCCUGA